AUGUUGGGAACCCCCUUAAUCCUGGUUCUAUUAUUCUGGAGAGCCGCGGCUGCGCAUGGGCAAAGACCGGAGGGAGCCAACGACGACUGUCGCGGGCGCAGUUCCUCGCCUGGAAGCGUUCUCCACUACGGAAUCAGCUUGGAGCUCAAAUCACGAGUCCCGGAUGCUCUUUUGAGCUCUCCCCUUCUAUCACAUUCGGAUUCAUUGUGUCUCAGCUAUCAAUCUUUCCACAGUCACCACCCGUCGUACUUCCCCACAGCAUCUAUUCGGUAUGGCCACGCGUCCCCAGCAAAUACCUUACAUGACGACAAAACUGCCUACUUUGAAGAGACUGAGAAAGACGCGUUUGUUCUAAGAGACUGCGAGCAGUACGUCCUGCAGGGUAAUUUGACUCUCUGCGGGAACCUACAUGUAGACGGUCGCCUCAGUGUGAUGCCUGGAGUAAACGGCACGGCCGUGUUCGACUCGCCAACUCCUUACGUGCUCAGUCGGUGCCUACUACACGCUGUGCCCCGUUCGGGCUCGCUCAAGCUCGAGGGAGCGUCGCUCUUCGUUUCAGGAAACGUUCAGAUUGGGGGAUCUUUAACAGCCACUGAAGUGUUUUUGGAUUCGGGGGCGGAGCUGCUCGUGGGAAUGCGGGGUACACGGGAGGCUCUGCGAGCGACGACGACUGGCCAGCUCCCUCACAGUGCGGAACGUUCUUCUACACCCAACUCGGAGGGCAAUUUCGGUCCCAUGUCUGCCGGAGAUGUUGAAGAGGAGGUUCGCAAGAAGCGGGGCAAGCCCAUCAACCAUCUUGUCUUUUUCAGGCGCACAUACGAACCUAUGGACAGAUGGGUACCAAGUGAUCAGGCCACACUCCAGGCGGCGGGCCUGGCGUAUGCAGAUCCAAACCGGAAGAAGCCACUCUCUGUUGAAAUUAAUUGCCCAUUAUUGGACGUAUUUGGUGUUCCGGCCACAGAUGAUGAAGCGGCCACAAGGUCGACGCAAUGGCCCCUGCCGCUAGGGCCGGUUGGGGACGUCACUGUUGGCAAGCUCGUCGUUUCUCGAUCCUCACAACUGAUCGCCUUUGGAAAUAUUCGUGCGGAUGCAUCAGAGAUCUAUGGUGCAUCACGGCUGAACUCGGUCUGCGGCAAUUACUUGUCAGAUACCGACUCAGCCGGUCUGAUCGUGAGGGACGCGUCUAUUGUCACGCUGGGAGGCCUGAACCUAAGUCUCUUCAGUAACUUGUAUGUUCGAGGAGGCUCCUACUUCUCUCAAACAGGCCCUGCGCAGAUCGCGUUCGACACACAGGCUUCGGCCGGCGACAUCUACUUUGCAAGCAAUCUACUGACGACAUCGAUGAUCCUGGACAAUCUAUCCGAAGCAGUAGUUGGUGGCUCCCUCGACGCGGUCCGUUUGGUGUCACUUGUAGAGGCCUCAGAGCUUCUCGUAAUGGGAGAGUUCAAUUCAACAGCGCUGACUCUAUUUGAUGGCUCCAAUGCUAGAAUUGCUGGCAGAGUGUUUGACGCCAAUUUCGUAAAGCUCGAAUCAAAUGGGUUUCUCCACGCGGCUCCGACAGAGACUGCCCAUAUACGAAGCGCACUGAAAGUUGCUCAGAGCAGCACGAUUGUUUUCGAUCGCGUGCCGCUGCUUCUAGUCGAAGGAAUGAUAGAAGUCACUAAUUCCGAUUUGCAGGUAAAACAGGGAGGACUUGUUGCUAGAAGUAGCAUCAUUCUAAAUGAGGCACACUUGCAGGUCAAUGGCAGCCUCGCAGCCACAGGGAGAUACUUCACAGGGGACGAAGGGUUCACUCAACAGGAGCUCGAAACGGAGUACCCACCUACGACUGAACUGGACGAGGGCGAUGAUCCUGACGUGACUGACGGGAUGGAUAUCGACCGAAUCGAUCACGAAACUCGUCCCCCAAGGGAGAACAGUAAAGAGAAGAGUGGCAAGGAAGGAAAGACUUCGCCACCGCCCGAGUUAGAGUUUAUUUCAAACAGUAGUGAGCGUGUUGACGAUGCGGACUAUCAUAAACGAGAGAAAGCCGCUCCUGUUGUCCAACAUCCAGCGGGCGGUGAAGAGCCAGCCAGCUUCAGUGCGAGGCGCUCUAUGGCGCGUGAACUCCCUGACACAGGACAUCAGCUCAAGAAGCACAAGCGGCUAGAUGGACAGACUAGAAACCAACCGACACCUCCAUAUCCGGGGAAGACGGAACUUCGAAGCGACAAUGAAGUUGAUGAGGACCCACCGCUUGCCGACGGUCGCGCGCAGCCCCACGCGUGGAGCGGAGCCGGGUUCAGCACGGAUGGUGAAGAUAUAUCGCUUGCGGAAGAUAUGCUUAGCAAUCUGGAAGAGACGAAUUCGACUCGUAUUCGACUUCCGGCCCUGGCAGCUGUGCGGUCGUCCAUUCUAGUCGGGGGGCAAGUGUACCUCAACAACACUUUUACGCAGCUGGCCGCCAGGUCAAAGCUGACUGUUUUUGGAAAAGGAGGGAUUCGUGUUUCCGGUGGAGGCAGUCUUCAACUCUUUAAAGGCGGACUGGUUGAAGUGAGACUUGGCGAUGUAACAGUGGAUAGUGUCCUCUCUCUUCUCGUACACAGCAGUCUCGAGGUUCACAGAGGUAGCAUCUACUGUGAGGAUCUUAACGUCAGGACGGGAAGCACUCUUGCCAGCGCUAAUGGGGAUCUAACGGUCAGCGGAGGAGCAGAGAUAAGCGAUGGAGCGGAAGUCAGGGUGCGUCACUGGAUGACGGUUCAGAGGGAGAGCCUGCACGUGCUGAACGGCUCAGUCCUCUCGGCAGAGGCAAUUGGAUCUGCGUACGGCGAUAUUUACUGUGGCGCUGGCUCUGUUAUCCAGUCAACAAGCGGAGAGAUAAUCGCACAGCGGCAUAUCAUUGCACAAGACAGAUGCAAAAUUCUAGCAAGAACGUACGUUCUUGCGAAAGAGGGAAUAAUCUCGUUGGAGAACCGUGGAUACGUGGAAGCCAAAGACACUGUGCUCGCACCUGAUGCGGGUGUGCGGAGAACAAUCGAGUCUGAGAUCAAGAUGGGGCGAGGCCACGUUAACGUACAAGUCAUGCAAGUGUCGCCUCCCGAUCAUCUCCUCUUUCAUCCCAUGUAUGACAGUCCCGUGAGCCCGGAGCUGGCCUUCGACUGGCAGGAGCGCCAGCGAGCAUCUGUGAAUCAGCAGUGGAUUGCCACGCUGCCAAAUACCAGGCUGGGCGAAACAACGUUAUCCAAUGAACUGCGCCGACAGGCUGCGGCGCGCCGCGAAAAAGCGUUUGGGGAAGAAUGGCCAGCUCGGGAACAGCUGCAAAGACCCAGUCUACCUCCCUUGUCCUCCGAAUCUGUCGUCCCCGGGGUUGAGUCUGCUGAGGCAUACCGCCCGCAUGCCCGAGAAGGAGCAGAGGGCUAG